CUUGCUCAUCAGCCAGCCAAACACUCCCAGCACGUAACGGGAGAGAUUCUUUUCUCGGACGCCAAAAGGAUCCAACCUCAUCUCUCGCCGCCAAUCCUGCUUCUUCGCGAUCAAUCACCGCCGCCAAAUGCUUCAUCUCCUCAAUUGAAUCUGUUUCGAUUCACGCCUCGACUCGUCAACGAUGAACAACAACAGCAACAACGAUUGCAGCAGCAACAGCAACAGCAACAGCACGAGCUCGCACCUCAACAGCCACAGCACCGCCAGUUGCGCCUCCGAUCGCGGCGAUCUCGGCUGGCACUUCUUGGAGCUGGCUCGGCUUGGGUCUGCUAGUGCUCCGGGCCCGGCGGACGGGGGCGAGGAGUCCCCGACGGAGCUCAACACCAUCAACAGCUCCGGCGGCUUCCUCGUAGUGUCGACCGACAAGCUAUCCGUGAAGUACACGAGCGUGAACCUCCAUGGCCACGACGUCGGCGUCGUGCAAGCCAACAGGCCUGCCCCGGUGCGGCGGCUUGCCUACUAUUUCGAGAUUUACGUGAAGGACGCGGGUGCUAAGGGUCAGAUAGGGAUUGGCUUCACCAGCGAGAAUUUCAAGAUGCGGAGGCAGCCUGGGUGGGAACCCAACAGUUGUGGUUAUCAUGGUGAUGAUGGGUUUCUUUAUCGUGGGCAAGGAAAGGGAGAAGCUUUUGGACCAACUUAUACAUCUGGUGACGUAGUCGGUGCGGGCAUCAACUAUGCUACACAGGAGUUCUUCUUCACUAAAAACAAGGCAGUAGUGGGAACAGUCUACAAGGACAUGAAAGGUCCCUUAUUCCCCACAAUUUCUGUUCAUAGCCUAAAUGAAGAGAUUGAUGUUAACUUUGGGCAAAAACCAUUUGCCUUUGAUAUCAAGGCAUAUGAAGCUCAAGAGAGAAUGAGACAACAAUCAACGAUAGAAAAAAUAUCUUUGCCACCAAACAUCAGCUAUGGAAAGUUCACCAUUUGGAUUCUCAGGAUUGUUCGUUCAUACUUGCUACAUUACGGGUACGAAGAUACACUAAGUUCAUUCGACAUGGCUAGUAAAAGCACCAUUCCUCCAAUUUCUUUAGAUCAAGAAAAUGGCUUUGAUGAACAGGAGAUUCUCUAUGCUUUAAACCAGAGGAAGACUCUUCGUCAGCUGAUACGAAAUGGGGAAAUCAAUGCAGCAUUCAGUAAACUCCGUGACUGGUAUCCACAAGUUGUUCAGGAUGAAAAAUCAGCUAUUUGCUUUCUCCUUCAUUGCCAAAAGUUCAUCGAACUAGUUCGGGUUGGAGACCUGGAGGAGGCUAUCAAAUAUGGAAGAGUUGAAUUACAAAGGUUUUUUGAGAUGGAUGGUUGCUUCAAGGAUCUAGUACAGGAUUGUGUAUCUUUAUUGGCAUAUGAACACCCAAAGGAGUCCUUUGUUGGUUAUCUACUUGAGGAGUCACAGCGGGAGGUGGUAGCUGACACGGUGAAUGCAAUGAUCUUGGCGACAAAUCCCAGCGCAAAAGAUUUUCAGGGUUGCCUGCACUCCUAUCUGGAGAGGUUAUUGAGGCAGCUGACUGCUUGUUGCUUGGAGAGAAGGUCGUUGAAUGGAGAUCAAGGUGAAGCUUUCCAUCUGCACAGAGUUCUUCACAACAGCAACAUGAGAUGCUAAAUGCUGGUUUGUCGCUUCAUCUCGCGAUUGAAUGUCUCAUCGCUGUUCAUAUUAGCUCAUUUAUAGUUUGCUAAAUCAUAAGCCAAGUGUUCAAGUGCUCCAUGUGCCGAGAGGAAAUCCCCUUGGUGCUACAUCGCAGGCUCUUCUCUUCAUUCUUGUAAGCAUCUCUAAUGUUGCAGACUGCAUAGUAAAAUGCAGACAUUCCGCAGUCCAAAAAUGGCUUCACAGUUUUGUGUUGGAGUCGAUACAUUUUCUUCUGUCCCGUCAUGUUGAUGUUCAUUUGGAUGCGAAGAAGAUUAACCAAAUGUAAAGAAUACUUGUAUAGAUCCACACGUUGGAUUUAAUGCAGCAACUCUUUGGUGAUUUGUGAUUUUGUUGAC